AUGGCCAAUACCGAUCCGCCCCGACGGCGCUUUGUGCCCGUCCCGAUCGAGACGACGUUUCAAUCCUAUCGCAAGAAUGUCUACGACUACACGUCGCACCAGAGGAUAGGCCCCAAUCCCGAGCUGACUCCGGAGCCGUCGCCGAGAUCCCCGCUAGCACACUUUCCUCUCGAGGCCCUGGGCAACGAAGCAUCGCAAGAGAGGCGGCGCUUUGCUCCCCAGCUCAUCGAGACGUCCAGACGGUCCAGAAGGGUUGGCGACCCUGGGCCGGCCACUCGGCCUGAAGACAAGACGGACAUUACUCCCUAUACAAACCACAUCUACUCUGCCAAGCACAAGUCAAAUCGCCGGCAGCAUGGAGCAGCAGCAGCAGCAGCCGCCGCCGCCGAUGAGGAACCCCGGCGCCAAGCGUCGCGACCGUUUCCGCCCACUAGGCGUGAGACGGAAGAAGAGGGUGUCCAGGAGUACCUCUUGGAGCUGGCGGCUAAAGAAGUCGCACGGCAGAUAGAGGAGGCUGCCCUUGCUGCGUUUCCCAACAGCCGCCCCCGCGAAGGUGGCGUGGCCCAUUUCUACUUUCGGGAGGGCUCUUCAGAUAGCGAGAACUCGCCCGAAGCUAGCCCUCGUGAUGAAGAGGCCGGCCAGCACAGGCUCCGGCGUAAAUCGUCAAACCUGGGGCUGAACUGGUGGCAUAAGCACAUGCAGGAGCAUGCGUCGCGCCUGGAGCAGGAGAAGGCGGGCGAAGAUGACCAGAUGGAUAUCGACAACGAAGAGGCCGUGGUGAUGACGGAGGAAGACGCUGAUGUCGAUGUUGAUGCCGCUCCUGACGCUGGUGCCACUGCCGGUGCCACUGCUGGUGAUAGCCCUAUCUUCCGAUCCGACUCUGAUCUGGACAAGAUGGAGCUGCCGUCCCCUCCCGAUCUCAUGUGGACCACCACGAAGCCCCUAUCGCCUACCGAUGACCGGCGAGACUCGGUGGCUGAGCUCCAGAUGGCGCUCGCAGAGGCCAAUCGUCAUGCAGCCCAGUCCCAGGCCCAAAUUGUCAGUUCAUCCGCGCAGGCGGUUCCCCCAACCCAGGCCCAGGGCGAGCCGGCUGAGCCCCACCGCGGCCGCCAGGAGGCUAGUCCCUUUGGCCGGCCGUUUGGAGGAUUCCGACAUGUGCCCGAUCAUGACCCAAAGCUCCUUAAGUUGCGCCAGGGUCCCUCUCCUCCCAUGCUCGGCAGGGACCUCGUCUUUCGACGAUGCCCUUCUCCCAAGUUCACCACGCUGGAACCUGAAGAUCCUCUUGAAGCACACAUGAUUGAGGACUCAGCUCGGGAUCUGCCGGGCCAGGCCGGGCUGUGGAGGGGGUACUGCUGCAGGUCGGAAUCAACCGGAGGAUGCAUUGUUCCCCCCGAUCUGCACAAUCCCAAGCUGAUCCAGACGCCCACUGACUCGUCUUUCCCCGACAAGUCUUGCUCCUGUGAUGUUGUCGACGCCAGCGUCAUCAGCGAAGAGCCCGUCUCCAUCUUCUCGCCGUCCGAGUCCGCGUCGUCGGGGCUGACGUCGAGCAAUGGCGGCCUCUGGGGCUCUUCUUCUCAUUCUCACCAGCACCCGCAGUCCCAGCAGCAGUCCCAGCAGCAGGAGCACAAGGGCGAUGUUGACAUGGUCAACGGCCUCAACGAGCGGCUGCUGAGAGAAAAGGCCCAGGCCGAUCGCGACGAAAAGAUCCUGCAAGAGUUUGGCGAGGACUUUGUCACUCAGGUGUACAACUACCUGUCGCUGGGCUAUCCCGCCAUGGCACGUGGGUUCGACGAAGAGCUGUCUCGCAUCAGCCACAUUGGCGUCGACGAGCUGCGGAGAGACGACGCGAAGCAGCUGGCCAAGGGCCACAUGGUGGAGAUGAAGCUCGACGCUUCCGCCCCAGAAGAGGAGAGAUGCCCAAGGUGGGCGGCGUUGCGAUCCUACAUUACGGAGUGGGCAAGGCAGCACCCUGAUCUCGACAACCUCGACCCAUUGGCCUGGGGCGUGCGCGAGAGGAGAGGCAGUUGGGCCAUCUAA